AUGUUUCUUAGGAUUUUUCUCUUCUUUUUUCUCGUGGUCUUAACGAGCUGCUCAGAAACAAAGAAAGACACUCAGGAUUCUCCUCCAGGUUUAUUACAAGCGCUAAGAUCAAAAUAUUUGGGUCACAUUAGAGGAAAAAGAACGGUAAGUUAAUUCAAACUAAACAUAAAUUUCUCGCCUUUGAUUAGUGACUACUGUCUUUCUACGAGGUUAGUGGCUGAUGGGGAAUAGACAUUAUUUCCAGAAAUGAUCGUGGCUGAUUUGAACGUAAUUUAACGGAUGCAACCACUGUCGUUGAUUUAGUGGCUCUGCAUUGCAUCGCCUGUAAGCCACUGAUAGGCUUCUCUUCGCAGUUGCUUAAAUUGCAGGCAUAACUGAGAAGAUGAUUUCUUCAUUUAGUUUAAUUUCACAUCUGUUCUUGAUGUAAAUAAUAUUAUUUAGUUACUUUAAAUAUUAAACAUUAAAGAAACACAAUACAGAUUUUAGAUUUUUUUCCUCUUGGACAAUUAAGAAAUUAUCAGAGGUUUUCACUGCAUUCAAAGACAUGAAAAAUUAAAAUUGUCUCGUUUUAUCAUACUGAGAUCUGAUGAACGAUUACAGCGCAUCUAUGUUUUACACGUAGUACAAUGUCGUUGUAGUAUGAAUAGUGAAAAAGCACGUAUAAUUAUAGAUCUCCUCUCAAUUUUUGUGUAAGCUUUCUACACAAGUUCAGUUUAGAACACUGGGUAAUAGUAAUAUGUGCUUAAUAUGAUUACAGGACUCAGCAGACUCUGAUCCACCCGAUUUAAAGGAGGCUUUGGGCAAUGCUUAUUUUGGACAUAUUCGCGGAAAACGAACGGUAUGAUGUAAAACAAAACGCUCACAACCCACAACCCGAGAACAUUUAUGACCUACACUUGAUAUUCAGUUUCAUAGUGAAAAUUGAAUAAUCAAUUUAGCUGGUCUCUUUGAGACGAUGAGCUUCUCUGGAAUUUGCUUUCAAUAAAGACUUUCUUUCCUAAAAUCCUCCUCAAUGCGUUCCUGGACGAUUUGAUGAUCGCAAUCGCCUGGACAGAACUGAAGUUGAUAUACAGGCCGAUUUCCGUCAGUAUAAUCACAAAAAUCGAGGCAAUGGAGGCCAUUUAGACGAUUACAAGAAACUCUCGGUUUUAUAUAACGAGAAAAUAACAAAUUAUAAAACAGUCACUACUUGCAACAGUCUUCUGCUUUACUGAUACUACGAAAUUUUGACGUCUAGGGAAGGUAAAAUGUAUAUCGAACUGUUGAUUGCUCAAGUACUCUCAGUAAUCCAUAUUAAACCGUUUCAUUUUCCAGGAUUCAGAAGAUUAUCCUCCAUUAGGAGAAGCACUAAACACAGCUUAUUUGGGACACAUCAGAGGAAAAAGAACGGUAAGAGGACCGGCCCGCUUAGGGCAAUAUUAAAUUUUAUUUUCUGAAUAGCAUUUUUUUCGAUUAUUCGUUCAGUUUUAUAUUUUCUCCUCUAUUUAAUAAAAGUCUGAAAUCUGUCCCUUAUUCUUAUCUCCAAUUUUAAUUUUAGAUAAUUUUUUACUUAUAGGGAGUGUCUAUCAGAAAAAUUCCGACCUCAACAAAUUAAGCUAAAUGCACAUAAAUAUCAAUUACAUAUACUGCAUGAACACCAACACUUAGUAACUUCCUACAAACGUACUGCUUCAAAGCAGUCCUCCUUACUUUGGCUGCAGAGUGCGUCGUGGAGUAUCCCACUCAAUCAUGCAGGGGGAGGGGGAUACCUGUGAUAUGUCAAAGUAUGUCACGAAAGCCUUUUCCCUUUCGAUUGGAAGGAUUUAAGGGAUAAGAAACGAAGAGAAUUUAAACAAGAUUCCUCUCUUACAGCUGAAAGGUUGGGGUUUUAAUCCUGCACUUCGUGAAGCUUUCAAUAAACUACAGUUUUAUGGCCCGCACCUUCGGGGGAAAAGGACGGUAAGAGUCGAUCGGAUUUGAAACGAUCAUCCUCCAGGAACCUUUCAGAGGAUCGUUUGUUUAGCUACUAACUUACUACAUCAUGCACAUCACCCUAAGUAAGAUGUACUAGAUUCCACGCUGUGCGCGGAAUCCGGAUUCCAGGGAAUUUGGAUUCGGAUUCCAAUGGCUUAAGGGAUUUCGGAUGCCUUGAGAUGAAUUCCAGCUUCAAAAUCCCGGGAUUCCGAUUUCACAAGAAGAAAUUUUCCCGGAUCUCGGCAUCCGGAACACCUUGCAAUAGGCGACACAAACUAGGAGUCAGAAUAGUUUAUCUUUUCAAUUAUGAUGUCUGGAGCUGGGACUGUUUUUAUCCAACCUUUUGCAGGGUGGCUGGGAAUCUAACAAAGAUUUAUUAGAGGUGUUAAACAAUGCAUACUCAGGCCACAUUCGUGGAAAGCGACAACAGGUAUAGAUAUCAGAUUGUAACAUAUCGCAUUAUCUUUAGGAAUAAAUCUACCGGAGGGUCAAAGUACAAGCCACUCAUCAGUGCUCGUUCAAUGUUUUACAAUAAACGAAUAUACGGAGGCUGAACAUUUCUAAAUUACUAAUGCCUUAUUGAAUCAGUGCCUUAUUGAAAAGAAUAGCAAUUAUUAUUUUUUGUAAUUUCAAAUCAUUUAUCUUCUUCUUUGCAGGAUACAUCGAAAAAUUCACAAUGA